CUACUUGGUGUGUUAUCUUAUCAUGACAUUAAUAAUCUCGACGAGUAAACAACAUAAAGAGAAACCAGAGGUUCACUUAGGUGAUUUUCACAUCGUCGAGAACAUUGUAACUCUCAGACUAUUGUAAAAGUGAUCAAAUUAAGGUAAAAAUUAACAAUCAAAUCUGAAGAAAAGGGAGAGAGAAACUCACCAACCACACCCGAUAUCCGAUAUUGACACUUCCAUGGUAUCAUCAUCAUUAUUUAAUUAAUUUCCAUCUAUCGACUAUCAAAUUCAUCGUAAGGUUAAUUUCUUUCAACAGUGUGUCAGUUAUAACUGUCGAUUUUGAUAAUUUGUGGUCAAUAGAAUUGAGUAUUUUUGUUUUACAAUUAGUUGAUUGUUGUUUUUAUUUCGGAUUCUCUUUUGUGGAUUAAAUUGUUUUCUUAAUAGUAAAUUAAAUCAACUUUAAUUCAAUUCAUUUAGUGCUGAUAAUCUGACCAGUAAGAUGGAUUAUCAGGUAAAAUGGUUUCCCUUUUUGGUGGCCAGUGUUUUGUUAAUCAUUCCAAGUGUUUACUCAAUUAGUAUGAGUAUCGAAAGGAAAAGUCAAAUUUUCAAUCUUUGCUAUAAUCGCCAACGGACACCAGGUCAGAUAUCGCCGAUAAUUAAUGGACAAAAUAGUCCACCGUUGGCUUCGAGUGUUGAAAAUUUGAUCGCUCUCAUUGAAAAGAUUGAAAAUUCAACGACAACCCGAUCGAUCCAAGCAAAGGAUUUAGCAGCAACUUUGUUAAGAAAAUUCCGAUCGGAUGGUAAUGUGGUCAGAGCUUAUAGUUAUUUGGACCAAGGGGAGACCUACGAGUUUGUCGAUAAAAUCGAAGAUAUUUUAUUGGAAUCGCCAGCGGAAGUUUCUUUGGAUGACCAGACAAUUCUGACCGAAAAUGAGAGAUGUUCCCUCUAUUUUAUGUUAUCAUAUCACAUCAAUCAAACGGAAAAAGCGGAUGCACGAACUAAUCGUUACUCUACUGGUGCUUAUCGAGCUCCCGUUUCAUCCAAUUCGAGAUCUGCUACAGGAACUCCAAGAUAUGGUGGCCCUUCUUAUGCCCCUGUAGCUUUGACAGUCAAACCACGGGAGUACGGGGUUGGAAGUUAUCGAUCUAAUAAUGACCAAGCGAUCGCAUUGAACCGACUAUUAUUAGGAGUAAUUGCUGGUCAAUUGAAUAGUCCUGGAGUUUCCGUUCGUGAUAUAAUUACAAAGAUAAAUCCGAAUAUUCCUCAGGGAGAACUCAAAGCUAACGUUGAUGAAAUACUUAAUCCUCUCAUGGCUGUUACUUUGGCUAAUAUUCAUUCAAUGGCUGCUUUUGAAGGCGGUGAAGCAAACACAAUCGCUGUUUCUGGUUCAUGGGAAAGUACAAAUACUUUAUGUACAACUGAAUACACUUUGAGUAUGGAGAAACCUUCUGAUGCCACUUUAGCCAACAUCAGAGGAGGUAUUGAUGGAUAUUAUAUUGGCGAACUUACCAAAAGUUUAACCAAAACUGCAACUGGAUCAAGAUUGAGAUUAAGUCAAAUUCUUCGUUACUAUUAUGAUAAUAUCGGAGGUCGUGUUUCUGGUACUGGAUAUUGUGAUCGAGCAACGAUAAGUAUCGAUGAUAGAGGUUUCCGUGACGCUGCAACUAAUUAUCUCAAAGCUUUGGAAUUGAGUAAGAACUAUAUCAUAGGAGAGUCCAUAAUCACGAGUAAGAUUGAGAAAGUACGACCAGCCAUUGACUCGGCUUAUGCUAAAGCUAAAUCCAUACCAGCUGAAGAUAGCGAAUGGUGUUCAUCGGGUGGAAUGAGUGGAUACAAAGCUGAUUGUGAAACUCCAACUGAUCUAUUUGUAGUCAUUGAUCUUCAAUCUGCCGAUGCUGAUAAAUAUAAGAAUUUAACUGGUCGACUAAUCAAUAAACUUAAUCUUGGUAUUUACGGUUCUUCAGCAUCGAUACUCUCAAUGAAUCGAGAAGAUAAUCUUGGAGCGGAAGGUCAAACUUUCCGUAAUAAUUUGAAGCACUUGGCUUGGGCAAGUUACAAUAGAGGUUGCACUGGAUGUGCCAUGUCUUAUAUUCGAGAAGAUACCUUGGGUUCUGUUAUCAAUGCUCCGUCCACUGACCUUUACCUCAGAAUGAAUGAUACUUUGCGUGAUUUCGAGGCCAAUAAAUGGUUCCAAUUGGGAGCUCCAGCCAAACCUUUCAUCAUAAUGGGUGGUUCAUAUACCUCUCGAAAUAUUGACCAAAACAUUCGUAUGGCACGAUACACCUUGAAGAGUAACCAUAGAGAUGUACCCGUUUUCCUGAUCACAAAUGCAAACGAAAACGAUUUAACUGAAUACAUCAGUUCUCCACAGGACAUAAUUCGUGACCAAGAUGGACUUGAUGUUAUGACUCAAGAAUUGUCACAAAAAAUUUGUCAAGUUCCAGCAACUUUCCAAUACCCUGAUUGUCGACGUGUCAGUUCAGAAGCGACCAGUGGUUUCGAGGCUUUUAUAACACCAGGGCGAUUACAGUAUUGGGCCAUGUACCCUGAGUAUUUCCUUAAAAGCUACGACAUUGUGAUGAAAUUUUUCAGCAGUGAAGGUGAUCUUAAGGUUUGCUUCGGUCGAUAUCCUAAGCCAGAAGAAACAGGUCGAUGUUGGGAGGCCAAAAAGAACGAAGAGAUUCGAAUCGAUGUCAGUGAUCCAUGUAAAGAUCGAGAUGUUCUGACCUGUGAACCUUUUUACUUCACCAUCACACCUCCUGAUCAGGGAAUGUCAUCAAACACUAUUUGCUCAGACAAAAAGUGUCUCAACGCUCGACAAAUUAAAUUCAAAUUCUCUCACAGUGGAAUAGCCUGUUCAUCGGCUGUCACAUUGGUCUCUUCACUUUUCUUGGCGAUUAUUUGUUCUCUAUUAGCAUCGUUUUUAAAUCCAAUUAAGAGACAAUUCUAAUUGUUGUUCUCCGUAUUCUAAUUCUAUUCUUAAACUGCCAAGUAAAUUACGAUGAUCAUAAUUUAUGGUUAAUCUUUUUAUUGGAACAAUUUGAAGCCUUUCAUCAACAAAAAAUUCAAUUCUUACAUAUAA